AAAAUUAAAAAUAAAAAGAAAAAAACUUUUACUUUCUUCUCCUCCUCUCUUUCUCUCUGGAUCCUCUUCAAGCUUAAGGCCACUAGGGUUUAUCUGAGCUCCAAAUCCACCCGAUUUUAGAGUUUCUCAGCUACAUUAGCUCUUUUCUUGGUAACUGUGAUUGUUGCAGGUUCUUGAAUUCAGUAGUUUAGAAACAUAUCAAUGAAGAUGAACAACUCGGCGCUGCUUUGAUUUUUCUUUAGAUACUGUAAAGAACCUGUUGCAAUGGGAUCAUUUGCAGGUUCCUGCGAAAUCGUUGAAGAGAAAGAUGAAAUAAGAAUAGCAAAACAUUCAGGGAGAUAUGGUAUAUCGGUUUUGGGAUCAUCAAGCAAAGAUUUUGAGCGGAAGCAGCGAGAGUAUUAUGGUUCUCUUGAGUAUGACAUUGAUAAGCUUUUUCAGUCUAUACCUGUGAAACCAUCGACGAGGCUAAUGAGCUCUUCUUUCCAUAAUCUUGAGACGAGCGUGAGUGCCGGUCCAAGCAGGACCACGAGCCCUUCAAAGAGAGUCGCCAUGAAAAAACCGGGGACACCUCAAUCGCCUAGAGUUUUCGGUGUCUCUGAUUCAGUUUCCUUGAAGCAGGCUCUGAGGGAUCGUUGUAUUUCCAAGGCCUCUGAAAUGGCUGCUCAGAAACGGUUGUCGAAAUCUGCAGCUGCGUCUCCGAGGGUCUCAGAAGCAGACAGGAUAAAGAGUUUGUAUAACCAAGUUUCGAGUGAAUCUACUAGCAAGUCUGUGAUUGUUCCUGUGGACAAGGGUAAAGGAAGCUUGGUUGAGACAUCUUUGAUGCCGGUAAACGACCAACCAAGCACUUCAAGAAGCGUGGUUGAGCGGUUUGAAGUGCCUCCACACUCCAUUUCUGAGCCAUCUCAAGUUGGAACCAGUUUGGGAUUACAAAGUGUGGGAAAUGAAAUGCGGGAGGUUAAGCUGUUGCAUAAAGCCAACAAAUCUGGGUCUUGUCGUAGUUCUGGCAGUGGAGAUUAUCAGAUAGAGUUAGAUGAAAAUGUUGCCUCUGCUUCCCCUCAUGGGUUUGUUGAAGAUGAUGUGAAAGAAAUAGACAAACAUGUUACCUCACUGCCUUCUGAUUCUAGCGAGAAAGAGAAUGCGACGGAGCUUGAAAAGAAAAUUCUCUCAUCCACUCUCGAUCUGGAACAAAACGGGAAGUUGGAUAACGCACCUAGCUCAGUAACAGAGAAGAGCAAGACGAUACGCAAGGUAACAAGAAUGAUUCCACGUCCCAAACAGCAGCCGAAAAAGAAGAUUUUGCUUAAGAAGAAGUUGAAAAUUGGGAUCGUCACUACAAAAAAGGAAGAAGAAACCGAUAUUUCCUUAGAUUCUAGUGCAAAUAAACUUCUCUGCCAACGAUGUCACUGUUCUUUAAAGAGCACCAGCGUAGAUAACCAACCGCCCUCGUAUACUACUAGUCAUAAUCCUGAGAUUUGUUCAGACAGUUUGAACUCUAUUUCAAAUAAGAAAGGUAAAGAAGCUCAUCAUAUAGCCUAUGAGAACUCUUCUGGUUCUUGUAAUGUUAGUCAAAGCUCUGAAGCUGAGAUUGUCGUCAUGAAACAAGAUGUUUCCUCGAGCAAUAACAGUGGAAAUGGCGCAAGGGAUGAAAAGGAAACAGAAAUUCCAACUUCUAGUGAGAAAUUCGAGUUCUCCUUGAGUUCAAAGGAUAGUCUUGGGGAUUAUAGCAGGAGCACAAGCAUGAGUGAGGAGAGCCAUCUGAGCAGGUUUAGCUGUGGGAACAAGCCUCACAUGUCGAUGGAUGUGAGAUGGGAAGCGAUUAAACAUGUCAAGUUGCAAUACGGCUCUUUGGGUUUACGACACUUCAACCUUUUGAAGAAACUCGGAUGUGGAGAUAUAGGAACAGUCUAUCUCGCCGAGCUGAUUGGUACAAAGUGCUUGUUUGCCAUAAAGGUCAUGGACAACGAGUUCUUGGCAAGAAGAAAAAAGAGUCCAAGGGCACAAGCGGAACGGGAAAUCCUCAAAAUGUUGGACCAUCCUUUUCUUCCUACAUUGUAUUCGCAAUUCACUUCGGAUAAUCUGUCUUGUCUAGUCAUGGAGUAUUGUCCUGGAGGAGAUCUUCAUGUCCUCAGACAGAAGCAGCUUGGCCGGUGUUUCCCUGAGCCUGCAGCAAGGUUCUACGUUGCGGAAAUUCUUCUUGCAUUGGAGUACUUACACAUGCUUGGUGUUAUAUACCGAGAUCUGAAACCGGAAAACAUUCUAGUCCGUGAAGAUGGACACAUCAUGCUUACAGAUUUCGACCUCUCACUUCGAUGUGCAGUGAAUCCAACUCUUCUCAGGUCAACUUCUCCACCAGGUACAGAUCCUGCAAGGAUGUCGGGUCCAUACAACACGUCCAACUGCAUACAACCAUUCUGUAUCAUCGAACCAUCUUGCCAAGUCUCAUGUUUCAGCCCGAGGCUCUCUUCAAACCAACAACAAGGUAGAAAACCGAAAAGGACUGAUCAUCUUUCGAAAACCCAACAACAUUUGAAGAGAUUAUUGCCUCAGCUCGUGGCUGAACCAACAGAAGCAAGAUCCAAUUCCUUUGUGGGAACACACGAGUACUUAGCUCCAGAGAUCAUCAAAGGAGAAGGACACGGCGCUGCGGUUGACUGGUGGACUUUUGGGGUUCUCCUUUACGAGCUUUUGUACGGGAAAACACCUUUCAAAGGUUACAACAACGACGAGACUUUAGCCAAUGUUGUGUUACAGAACCUCAAGUUUCCCGACAGCCCGCUCGUGAGCUUCCAGGCAAAGGAUUUGAUCAGAGGGCUUCUGGUCAAGGAACCAGAGAACCGGCUCGGGUCUGAAAAAGGAUCUGCAGAGAUCAAAAGACAUCCUUUCUUUGAAGGGUUGAAUUGGGCUCUAAUCCGGUGCGCAAUCCCGCCUGAGCUGCCGGAUUUCUAUGAGUUUGGCGGUGCUCAGGAGGCGGCGGGUUCACCUGGUGGCAAUGAUGAUAGGUAUCUUGAUUGCAAAGCCAUAGGCGAUCAUCUUGAGUUCGAGUUGUUUUAAGUCAAGGGUCUUUAAUCAAAGAAAAGAUUAAAUUUUUCUGGUAUAAGCAUUCAGAGUAAAAUGUUGUUGUAAUUUAUGUUGUCUAAGUUCUUAAGUCUUAUAUGUAAAUUUUAGCCUCUUCUGAGACAUAAUCUCAUAUAUUCACCCCAAAA